AACCGCUUAAUCCCCCCUCUCCCCCUCCAUUUUGCAUUGCCAAAGGUGUGCACGGCCGAAAGCAUGGCGGCGAAGAUUCGAUACAGCGUCCACACGACGAACAAGUACUCCGUGUUCGAUACGGACAACUCAGAUGAAGAGAAUGAAAGCAAAGCAUUGAAGGAAGCCAAGAAGCGCGAAAUAAAUAGUGCCCAUGAGGAGAGGUCCCACAGUAACAACCCAGAAAAAAAAAAGAUAACCGAAAUAAAGGAACACAAACCAACCGUGGCAACUAAAGAUGUUGGUGCCAAAAAAGUCACCGGGUACAACGACAGGUAUAAUAGCAAAUACCCUGUAUCAUCAAUCAACGAGUUACAUGAAAGUAGCCAAGGCAGAGGUAACCGCGAGAGUUACCAUCUAAGGGGCAAUAAUAUAAGAAGUAAAUUCCCUCGCAAGAGAGGAGUAGGAGGUAGCGUCGGAACAGGAUACAGUAACACAUCUACGAAUAUUUUAUCUAGCAAUAAUUACUAUAGAGGUUCGAGGAACCAUGAUUAUAAGAUGGGCACCGACAGGAGGAACUAUAACUCUGCGUAUAAUUAUAACAAGUUCGACCACAGAGAGAAAAUCUUCAACGAAUACAGCGAUAGCAGAAGCAAGUAUGGAAGCAUAAAGAGAGAAGCACACGUAGAAUCCAUAAGUAAAAAUAACGAAGAGAGCAAAAACGUGGCAAGGAAACAUGACUCAGUUACUAUUGAUUAUGAUCUGUAUAGAAAACAGCAGGAGAAAAAAUUAAUUUCAAGUAAAAUUGUGAUAGAGAAUACUGAUAAGAAGACAAAAAAAAAUACAUUACAUAGUGAAAAAAGUAAAGAUACAACAAAUGGUACGAGCACGACAAAACGAAAUGACCAUGCGGAUGAUGAAAUAAAAUCGGAUCAUCCUAAGAGGAAAGCAAUAAAUGUUUAUCAGUAUAUUUUGGAAAAAGGGGGAAGAGUUGAUAGAAUCCCAGGAUUUCGUAGAGGUUAUCGAAGCUAUAAAAAAUCGGAUGAAGCCAAUUGGAAUAAUAAAAUGGAUGGCAAGGCGAAAAUACAUAUAGACGAGAAACUUUUUAAAAAGAGAGACCCGCCCAACAUUAACGAUACGCGGGCCUUCCCAUCCCUGACUAGCAAAUAA